AUGGAUCUAGUAUCAUUCAGGUGUCUAGUAGCAUUUAAGGGUCUAGGUAGUAUUCAGGUGUCUAAUAGUAUUCAAGUGUCUAGUAGAAUUCAGGUGUCUAAUAGCAUUCAUGUGUCUAGUAGCAUUCAGAGGUCUAGUAACAUUCAAGUGUCUAGUAAAAUUCAGGGAUCUAGUAUCAUUCAGGGAUCUGGUAGCAUUCAAUUGUUUAGUAGCAUUCAGGUGUUAAGUAGCAUUCAGUUGUCUAGUAGCAUUCAGGUGUCUAGUAGCAUUCAGGGGUAUAUUAACAUUAAGGGGUCUAGUAGCUUUCAGGGGUCUAGUGGCAUUCAAAAGUCUAGUGGCAUUCAGGAGUCUAGUAGCAUUCAGGGCAUUCAGGUGCUUAGUAGCAUUCAGGUGUGUAGUAGCAUUCAAGAGUCUAUAGCAUUCAUGGGUCUUGUAACAUUCAGGGGUCUAGUAGCAUUUAGGUGUCCAGUAGAAGUCCCCAGUAGAAUUCAGGUGUCUAGUAGCAUUCAAGGGUCUAAAAGCAUUAAAGGGUCUCGUAACAUUCAGUUGUCUGGUAGCAUUCAGGUGUCUAGUAGCAUUCAUAUGUCUAGUAACAUUCAGGGGUCUAGUAGCAUUCAGGUGUCUAGUAGCAUUCAGAUGACUAGUAGGAUUCAGGUGUCUAGUAGCAUUGACGUGUCUAGUAGCAUUGACGUGUCUAGUAGCAUUGAGGUGUCUAGUAACAUUCAGGUGUCUAGCACAAUCAAGGGUCUAGUAGCAAUUCCAAGGUCUAGUAGCAUUGGGGGUCAAGUAGCAUUCAGGGGUCUAGUAGCAUUAAAGGGUCUAGUUGCAUUCGGGGUUUUAGAAGCAUUUAAGGGUUUAGAAGCAUUCAAGGGUCUAGUAGCAUUCAGGGGUCUAGUAGCAUUCAGGGGUUUAGUAGCAUUCAAGUGUCUAAUAACAUUCAGGUGUAUAGUAGCAUUAAGGGGUCUAGUAACAUCCAGGGAUCUAGUAGCAUUCAGGGGUCGAGUAGUAUUCAUGGGUCGAGUUGCAUUCAUGGGUCUAAUAACAUUCAGGGGUCUAAUAGCAUACAGGGGUCUAGUAGCAUUCGGGGAUCUAGUGGCAUUUGGGGAUCUAGUAACAUUCGAGGAUCUAGUAGCAUUUAGGGGUCUAGUAGCAUUCAAGGGUCUAGUUGCAUUCAGAGAUCUAGUAACAUUUAGGGGUCUAGUAUCAUUCAGGUGUCUAGUAGCAUUCAGGGGUCUAGUAUCAUUCAAUUGUCUAGUAGGAUUCAGGUGUCUAGUAGCAUUCAGGGGUCUAGCAGGAUUCAAGGGUUUAGUAGCAUUCAACGAUCUAAUGUCUAAUAACAUUCAAGAUUCUAUUAGCAUUGAGGGGUCUAUUAGCAUUGAGGGGUCUAGUAGCAUUCAAGGGUCUAGUAACAUUUACGUGUCUAGUAAGAUUCAGGUGUCUAGUAGCAUUCAGGAGUCUAGUAACAUUCAGGUGUCUAGGAGCAUUCAGGUGUCUAGUACUAUUCAAGUGUCUAGUAACAUUCAGGUUUCAAGUAGCAUUCAGGUGUUUAGUAGCAUUCAGGUGUCUAGUAGCAUUCAAGGGUCUAGUAACAUUCAAGGGUCUAGUAGUAUUCAAGGGUGUAGUAACAUUCAGGUCUCUAGUACUAUUCAAGUGUCUAGUAACAGUCAGGUGUCUAAUAGGAUUCGGUUGUCUGGUAGCAUUCGAUUGUCUAGUAGCAUUCAAUUGCCUAGUAACAUUAAUGUGUCUAGUAGAAUUCAAGUGUCUAGUAGCAUUCAAGUGUCUAUUACUAUUCAGGUGUCUAGUAUCGUUCAGGUGUCAAGUAACAUUCAGGUGUUUAGUGGCAUUCAGGUGUCUAGUAACAUUCAGGGGUCUAGUAGCAUUCAGGUGUCCAGUAACAUUCAGGUGUCUAGUAGCAUUCAGGUGUCUAGUACUAUUCAGGUGUCUAGUAACAUUCAGGUGUCUAGUAGAAUUCAGGUGUCUAGUUGCAUUAGUGAGUCGAUUAACAUUCAGGGGUCUAGUAGCAUUGAGGUGUCUAAUAGCAUUCAGGGGUCUAGUAGCAUUCAAAGGGGUCUAGUAGCAGUAAAGGUUCGAGUAACAUUCAGGGGUCUAUUAACAUUGAGGGGUGUAAUAGCAUUCAAGGGUCUAGUAGCUUUCAAGGGUCUAGUAACAUUUAGGUGUAUAGGGUCUAGUAGCAUUCAGGGGUGUAGUAGCAUUCACGGGUGUAGUAACAUUGAGGUGUCUAGUAGCAUUGAGGUGUCUAUUAGCAUUGAGAGGUCUAUUAGCAUUGAGGGGUCUAGUAGCAUUAUAGGGUUGAGUAGCAUUCAGGAGCUUAUUAGCAUUGAGGGGUCUAGUAGCAUUCAAGGGUUUAGUAACAUUCACGUGUCUAGUAGCAUUCAUGUGUCUAGUAUCAUUCAGGUGUCUUGUAGCGUUCAGGUGUCAAGUAGCAUUCAUGUGUCUAGUAGCACUCAGGUGUCUAGUAGCUUUCAUGUGUCUUGUAGCAUUCAAGUGUCUAAUAGAAUUCAAUGGUGUCUAGUAACACUCAAGGGUCUAGUAGCAUUCAGGGGUCUAGAAUCAUUCAGGGGUCUAGAAGUGUGUAGUAGUAUUCAAGUGUCUAGUAGCAUUCAGGUGUAUAGUAACAUUCAGGUGUAUAGUAGCAUUCAGGGGUUUAGUAGCAUUCAGGUGUCUAGUAGCAUUCUGGUGUUCAGUAACAUUCAGGUGUCUUGUAGCAUUCAGGUUUCUACUAGCAUUCAGGGGUCUAAAAAUAUUCAGAGGUCUAGUAGCAUUAUGCGGUCUAGAAGCAUUCAGGUGUCUAGAAGCAUUAAGGGGUCCAAUAACAUCCAGGUGUCUAUUGGCAUUCAAGUGUCUAGUAGCAUUCAGGUGUCUAGUAGUAUUCAAAGGUCGAGUAGCAUUCAAGGGUCUAGUAGCAUUGAGAGGUCAAGUAACAUCCAGGUAUCUAGUAGCAUUGAGGGGUCUAUUAGAAUUGAUGGGUCUAGUAGCAUUCAAGGGUCGAGAAACAUUGAGGGGUCUAUGAGCAUUAAGGAGUCAAAAAGCCUUCAAAGGUCUAGUACAUUCACCAUUAACAUGUCUCAUAGCAUCAAGGUGUCUAGUACUAUUCAGGUUUCUAGUAGCAUUCAGGUGUCAAGUAGCGUUCAGGUGUCUAGUAGCAUUCAGGGGUCUUGUAGCAUUCAUGGUAGCAUUCAAGUGUCUAGUAGCAAUCAAAGGUCGAGUAACAUUCAGGAUUUUAGUAGCAUUGAGAGGUCUAUUAGCAUUGAGGGGUCUAUUAACAUUGAGGGCUCUCAUAGCAUUGAGGGUUCUAGUAACAUUCAGGUGUCUAGUAACAUUCAAGGGUUAAGUAAUAUUCAGGUGUCUAGUAGCAUUCAGAUGUGUAGUAGCAUUUUAGUGUCUAGUAGCAUUCAAGUGUCUAGUAGCAUUCAGGGGUCUAGUAGCAUUUGUGGGUCUAGUAGCAUUCGUGGGUGUAGUAGCAUUCAAGGGUCGAAUAACAUUCAUGAGUCUAGUAGAAUAGAGGUAUCUAGUAGCAUUCAAGUGUCUAGUAGCAUUCAGUUGUCUAGUGGCGGGUCUUAUAGUAUUCAGGGGUCUAGUAACAUUCAGUUGUCUAGUAGCAUUCAGGUGUCAAGUAAGAUUCAUGUGUCUAGUAACAUUCUGGUGUCUAGUAUUAUUCAGGUUUUUAGUAGCAUUCAGAGGUCUCGUAGCAUUAAGUUUUGUAGUAGCAUUCAGGUGUCUAGUAGCAUUAGGGUGUCUAGUACUAUUCAGGGGUCUAGUAUCGAAUUCAAAUGUCUAGUAGCAUUCAGGGGUCUAGUAGCUUUCAGGUCUCUAGUAGCAUUCAGGUGUCUAGUAUCAUUCACGGGUCUAGUAGCAUUCAGGGGUCGAGUAGGUCGAGUAGCAUUCAAGAGUCUAUUGGCAUUGAGGGGUCUAGUAGUGUCUAGUAGCAUUGAAGGGUCUAUUAGCAUUGAGGGGUCUAGUAGCAUUCAGGUGUCUAGUAGCGUUCUAGGGUUGAGUAGCAUUCAGGAGUCUAUUGGCAUUGAGAGGUCUAGUAGAAUUCUAGGGUCUAGUAGCAUUUACGUGUCUAGUAGCAUUCAUGUGUCUAGUAGCAUUCAGGUGUCUGGUAGCAUUCAGGUGUCUGGUAGCAUUCAUGUGUCUAGCAGCAUUCAGAUGUCUUGUAGGAUUCAGGUGUCUAGUAGCAUUCAAGGGUCUAGUAACAUUCAAGUGUCUAGUAGUAUUCAGAUGUCUAGUAGCAAUCAGGUGUCUAGUAGCGUUCAGGUGUCUAGUAGCAUUCAGGUGUCUAGCAGCAUUCAGGUGUCUAAUAGCGUUCAGCUGUCUAGUAGCAUUGAGGUGUCUCGUAGCAUUCAGGUCUCUUGUUGCAAUUAUGGGUCUAGUAGAAUUCAGGUGUCUAGUAGCAUUCAGGUGUCUAGUACUAUUCAGGUGUCUAGUAACAUUCAGGUGUCUAGCAGUAUUCAAGUGUCUAGUAGCAUUCAUGUGUGUAGGUGUAUUCAGGUGUCUAGAAAGAUUCAGGUGUCUUGUAGCAUUCAAGUGUCUAGUAGCAUUCAGGUGUUUAGUAGCAUUCAGUUGCAUUUAGGUGUCUGGUAG